CCUACACAGAUCCACAAGCAACCAAUAACCAUUACAAUCAUGUCUGCUCCUCACCUCUGGCUCCGUGCCGAAUCCAAACCCAUGGAGCACCGCUCUGCGCUCACCCCCACUACCGCCAAGGCCCUCAUGGACGCCGGCUUCAAGAUCACCAUUGAGCGCUCCACCCUCCGCAUCUUCGACGACGCUGAAUUCGAGAAGAUUGGCGCCCCCCUUGUUGAGGAAGGAUCCUGGAGAAAUGCCCCCAAGGACGCGUACAUCAUUGCUUUGAAGGAGUUGCCUGAGAAUGACGAUACCCCACUUCCUCACGACCACAUCAUGUUUGCGCAUUGCUAUAAGCAGCAGGGUGGGUGGAAGGAUGUUUUGGCGAGGUGGCCGCGUGGUGGAGGUGUUUUGCUUGAUCUUGAGUUCUUGCAGGAUGAGAGUGGCCGUCGUGUUGCUGCAUUUGGAUUCCAUGCCGGUUUCGCAGGUGCGGCAUUGGCGAUUGAGUCCUGGGCUUGGCAGCAGACUCACAGUCCAGAGAAGCCUUUGCCGGCUGUUACUCCUUACCCCAAUGAGGGCGAGUUGAUUUCUCACAUCAAGGAUGUCGUUGCGGAGGGUGUCAAGAAGAAUGGUGGAGAGUACCCCCGUAUCCUCGUCAUUGGUGCUCUUGGACGUUGUGGAUCUGGUGCAGUCGACAUGGCCCGUAAAGCUGGUAUCCCAGAGGAGAACAUCAUCAAGUGGGAUAUGGCCGAGACCGCUAAAGGUGGUCCUUUCCAGGAGAUCAUUGACGCUGACAUUUUUGUCAACUGCAUCUACCUCUCUCAGCCUAUCCCCCCUUUCAUCUCGCCCGGGUUCAUGGAGACCAAGGACCGCAAGCUCCAGGUCAUCUGCGAUGUCUCCUGCGAUACCACAAACCCCCACAACCCCAUCCCCGUCUACUCCAUCAACACCACCUUCGACAAGCCCACUGUUCCCGUUGACGUCCAAACCGGUCCUCACUGUACCGUCAUUUCCAUCGACCACUUGCCUACCCUCUUGCCUAGGGAGUCUUCGGAGGCAUUCUCGUCUGCGCUUUUGCCAAGUUUGUUGCAGUUGAAGGAUAGGAAGAAUGCAAGAGUUUGGCAGGAUGCAGAGAAGUUGUUUGACGAGAAGGUUGCUACUUUGUAAGAUAUAGAUGUGUGCACGAUAGAUUGAUAC